CAGUGUCUCAGGCGCAUGGUAACAAACGGCAAAUCGAACAACUACACCACCGGAGGUGUUUGGUAGCGUCUCGGGACGUGCGAGUUUGGUGUUGCACAUCAGACCAGGAAGUAUUGUGAAAUUUACCAGGAGGUGGAACUUCUACCAGCAAACUUUCAAUGAGUCGAGUUUGUUCACUCCCAGUUGCUGGUUCGCGUUGGCAUUUAUUUUUUUUUCCAGCAUUUGGAUUGAAGCGGUUUGUUUGACCGUAUUAGGCGAGAUUAAGCAUUUCUUAUCAUGUUGACACGGGUCCUUUUGCUGCUUUAUUGUGUAUUUUCAGCCCGGUGUAAGGAGCAUCAUACUUCAAAAAGGCAGGUGGAUGACCAAAAAUGUUCCUAUCAGGUAACAGGAUACCUCGAUGAUUGUACUUGUGAUAUUGAAACUAUUCAAGACUUUAAUAACAAGAAGCUGUUUCCUAAAAUACAAGAACUCCUUGAAAGUGACUACUUCAGGUAUUACAAGGUGAAUUUAAAGAAGCCUUGUCCCUUCUGGUCAGAUAGUAGCCACUGUGGUCUGAGAGAUUGUGCUGUUCAACCUUGUGAGCCUAAUGAAAUACCAGCAGGAAUUAGAUCAGAAAGUUUAAAGUAUACAAUGGAAGCAAAUGUGAUUUCCCAACAUGACCGUGACUGUGAAAAGGCUGAGAAGCUGGGAGCUGUCAACAAUUCUUUGAGUGAAGAAACAAAACAAGCAGUAUUGGACUGGACCAGACAUGAUGACUCUACAGACAACUUCUGUGAAGUUGAUGAUGAACACUCUCCAGAUGCUGAAUAUGUAGAUCUGCUUCUCAACCCUGAACGUUACACAGGCUAUAAAGGUCCAGAAGCAUGGAAAAUCUGGAACAGUAUCUAUGAAGAAAACUGUUUCAAGCCAAACUCCAUUAGAAGACCAUUCAACACAUUGCUUCCUGGCAGAGGUAUUAAAAUCACAGAUCUGUUUUACCAAAGUGGAGCCUUCUAUAGCUGGCUGCAAGGAUUGUGUUUAGAGAAGAGAUCAUUCUAUCGAGCAGUUUCCGGUCUGCAUACAAGCAUCAAUAUACAUCUUAGUGCACGAUAUCUAUUACAAGAUACUUGGUACGAAAGAAAGUGGGGACACAACAUCACAGAAUUUAAGCAGCGAUUUGAUGCACAGAUUACCAAUGGAGAAGGACCUCGGAGACUCCAAAAUCUUUAUUUCUUGUACCUCAUAGAGUUGAGGGCCUUAGCUAAGGUGUUGCCUUACGUUGAGCGUCCUGCCUUCCAACUUUACACAGGAAACAACGCACAGGAUACAAAAAAUAAAGAACUUCUUCUGGAAAUUCUUCAGUUGGCCAAAUCAUUUCCCUUUCCCUUUGAUGAACAUUCCUUGUUUGCUGGGGAAAGAAAGGAAGCUGAAAAUCUCAAGGAAGAAUUUCGUCUGCAUUUCAAAAACAUUUCAAGAAUAAUGGAUUGUGUUGGUUGCUUUAAAUGUAGACUCUGGGGCAAGCUUCAGACACAGGGAUUGGGUACUGCUUUGAAAAUCCUGUUCUCAGAGAAACAAAUAAAAAACUUACCAGACUCUGGUCCAUCUCAAAGAUUCCAUCUAAAGCGUCAAGAUACUGUUGCACUCCUUAAUGCUUUCGGAAGAAUUUCCACAAGUAUCUGGGAGCUUCAGAACUUCACAGAGUUACUGGAAGCUGUGCAAUAAUGACUUCAAACUGCUCCUUAGUUGUUAAGUCAAAGGACAUUUUUAUCCCCUCAUUAAUAUCACAUAAUUUUUUGCAACAAAGAAAUGUAUUUAAUCCGCCAGCUAAAGGCUGUAAUCUUUUAAAAAACACUCUGAUCACUCCUGAGCAGCUGCUCAAAUUUUGCUGAAUGUCAAAAUGAAUUGAAGUUGAGCCAUGUUGUGCUGUAAAAUAGCUUAGUAUACGGAGGGAAUAUCACUGAUUGUUCUGUACCUUUCAACUGCUAAAUAUUCUAAUCUAAAUAUUGGCAAAUGUGUUGCAGAUAUUUGAUUCCAAAUGUUUACACGGGUGAAAUGUUACUGAUUUUUAAGCUCAUGUUGAGUUUACAAAAAUGCACUGUUUGCAAACUUUUUUUUGAUUUGAGUUAUUAAAAACGCAACUUGGUCAUAAAUUUCAAUC